CAGUUAUGUAACAUUUUUCGAUCCCAUGAGAUGGAAAUUGACCAGUGCUUGCUGGAGUCCCUUCCCCUUGGCCAGAGACAGCGUCUGGUGAAACGGAUGCGCUGUGAGCAGAUCAAAGCCUACUACGAGCGUGAGAAAGCUUUGCAGAAGCAAGAAGGAUUCCUGAAAAGGCUGAAGUAUGGCAGGAGUCAGAAAGUUCAUUUUAACCUCACUGACAUGAUUCAGGAUGCAAUUAUCCACCACAAUGACAAAGAAGUGCUUCGACUCCUGAAGGAGGGGGCGGACCCGCACACUGUCGUUUCCUCGGGAGGGUCCCUACUCCAUCUGUGUGCUCGGUAUGACAAUGCCUUCAUUGCAGAGAUCCUGAUUGACAAAGGAGUCAACAUCAACCACCAGGAUGAAGACUUUUGGACACCAAUGCACAUUGCCUGUGCCUGUGAUAACCCUGACAUUGUCAUGCUGCUUGUAUUGGCUGGAGCCAAUGCUCUUCUACAAGAUGUUAACGGAAAUAUCCCAUUAGAUUAUGCUGUGGAAGGGACAGAAUCCAGCUCUAUCCUGUUGACCUAUCUGGAUGAAAAUGGAGUGGAUCUGAUUUCUCUGCGUCAGAUGAAGCUUCAGAGACCACUGAGUAUGUUAACAGAUGUCAAGCAUUUCUUAUCAUCUGGAGGAAAUGUCAAUGAGAAAAAUGAUGACGGAGUAACACUGUUGCACAUGGCGUGUGCAAGUGGCUAUAAAGAGGUGGCAUCUGUUAUCCUGGAGCACGGCGGGGACAUCAAUACAGCAGAUGACCAGGAAUGCACACCCCUCCACCUGGCAGCCAAGUAUGGCCAGAUAAACCUGGUGAAACUUCUUUUGAUGCAUCAGGCAAACCCACACCUUGUGAACUGUAAUGAAGAGAAGCCAUCAGAUAUUGCUGCAUCUGAGUUUAUUCAGGAAAUGCUGCUGAAAGCUGAAAUCGCCUGGGAAGAGGAAAUGAAAGAGCCUUUAUCUGUUCCUACCUUAGCCCAAGAGGAGCCAUACGAAGAGAUCAUUCACGACCUUCCAGCACUCUCCAGUAAGCUCAGUCCCCUGGUGUUACCAAUUGCCAAGCAAGAUAGUUUGUUGGAAAAAGACAUUAUGUUCAAAGAUGCAACAAAAGGUCUGUGUAAGCAACAAUCUCAGGACAACCCCCCUGAAAACACCACGAUGAACGGCUUCAACAAACCUGAGCAGGUCAAGCUAAUGCCUCCUGCUCCAAAUGAUGACCUAGCGACACUCAGUGAGCUUAACGACAGCAGCUUGCUUUAUGAAAUUCAGAAGCGUUUCGGGAACAAUCAGAUAUACACUUUUAUUGGGGACGUCCUCUUGCUUGUUAACCCCUUUAAGGAGCUUCCAAUUUACUCUGCCAUGGUGUCACAGCUGUACCUCAGCAACUCGGGCCGCCCACGUGGCGCGCUGCCCCCACACCUGUUCGCCUGCGCAGAGAGGGCCCUGCACCUGCUCUUUCUGCAAACGAGGCCACAAUGCUUCCUGCUCAGUGGAGAAAGAGGAUCUGGAAAGUCUGAAGCCAGCAAGCAAAUAGUGAGACACCUAACCUGUAGGUCUGGCUCCAGCAGGGCUCUAUUUGAUUCCAGAUUUAAACAUGUCAUGUGCAUUUUAGAAGCCUUUGGACAUGCCAAGACAACUCUUAAUGAUCUGUCCAGUUGCUUCAUAAAGUAUUUUGAACUACAUUUCUGUGAGAGGAAAAAACAUGUAACUGGAGCCAGAAUUUAUACAUAUAUGCUAGAGAAAUCCAGACUCAUUUCACAGCCUGCUGGCCAGAGCAAUUUUCUCAUUUUCUACUUGUUGAUGGAUGGGUUAUCGGCUGAAGAAAAAUAUGGACUUCACCUUAAUAAUUUAUGUGCACACCGGUAUUUGAACCAGACCAUACGGGAAGAUGUAUCAACAGCAGAGCAUUCUCUGAACAGGGAGAGAUUAGCUGUUUUGAAACAAGCCCUGAAUGUAGUUGGCUUCAGCAAUUUGGAGGUGGAGAACCUGUUUGUAAUCCUAGCAGCAGUGCUGCACCUUGGAGACGUUCGGUUCACUGCUCUGGCCGGUGCUGACUCGGCGCUGGUUUCUGACCUGCAGCUUCUGGAGCAAGUGGCUGGAAUGUUACAAGUAUCUACGGAUGAAUUGGCCUCCGCCUUAACAACUGAUAUUCAAUAUUUGAAAGGAGAUACGAUAAUACGACGCCAUACUAUACAGAUUGCUGAAUUUUACCGGGAUCUCUUGGCCAAGUCUCUGUACAGUCGUCUGUUUAGCUUUCUGGUGAAUACCAUGAACUGCUGCCUCCACGGUCAAGAGGAACACAGAAGCAUGCAGGCAUUGGAUAUUGGAAUAUUAGACAUCUUUGGUUUUGAAGAAUUUCAAAAGAAUGGAUUUGAACAACUUUGUGUCAACAUCACCAACGAGAAGAUGCACCACUAUAUCAAUGACCUGCUUUUUCUCCACGAGCAAACAGAAUGUGUCCAAGAGGGAGUUACCAUGGAAACAGCAUAUUCUCCUGGUAACCAGACUGGAGUUUUGGAUUUUUUUUUCCAGAAGCCAUCUGGAUUUCUGUCUGUCUUGGAUGAAGAAAGUGAAAUGGUUUGGUCAGUGGAACCAGACCUUCCAAGAAAGCUGCAAAGUCUCCUAGAAUCCUCAAACACAAAUGCAGUGUAUUCCCCCGUUAAAGAUGGGAAUGGGAACGUUGCCCUCAGAGAUCAAGGCUCUGCAUUUACUGUAAUGCACUAUGCAGGAAGGGUUAUGUAUGAAAUUGUUGGAGCGAUUGAAAAAAAUAAAGACUCCCUUUCACAGAAUCUUCUAUUUGUAAUGAAAACUAGUGAAAAUGUCGUGAUCAAUCAUUUGUUCCAGUCGAAACUGUCACAAACCGGAUCCCUUGUACCUUCGUCUCCUUCCUUUAAAUUCCGAGGACAUAAAUCCGCCCUGCUGAGUAAGAAAAUGACAGCUUCUUCAAUUGUCGGAGAAAACAAGAAUUAUCUAGAACUUAGUAAGUUAUUAAAAAAGAAAGGAACUUCUGCAUUUCUUCAAAGACUGGAACGAGGACAUCCAGUUACUACAGCAUCUCAGCUCAGGAAAUCGCUGACGGAUAUUAUUGGAAAACUUCAGAAGUGCACUCCACACUUCAUUCAUUGCAUCAAGCCCAAUAACUCAAAGCUGCCAGAUACGUUUGAUAACUUUUAUGUGUCUGCUCAGCUGCAAUAUAUCGGGGUCCUGGAGAUGGUGAAGAUCUUCAGAUAUGGAUACCCAGUUCGCCUUUCCUUCUUGGAUUUCCUAUCAAGAUACAGGCCCUUGGCUGACACAUUGCUGGGCGAGAAGAAGGGCGAGUCUGCUGAGGAGAGGUGUCGGCUUGUUCUCCAGCAGUGUAAAUUACAAGGCUGGCAGAUGGGAAUCCGAAAAGUGUUUCUAAAAUACUGGCAUGCUGACCAGCUCAGUGACUUGUGCCUGCAGUUGCAGAGAAAAAUUAUAACCUGCCAAAAAGUUAUAAGAGGAUUUCUAGCACGCCAGCACUUGUUUCAGAAAAUGAGCAUCAGACAACAAGAGGUCACUUCCAUCAACAGCUUCCUGCAGAACACAGAGGAUAUGGGGCUAAGAACCUACGACGUGCUGGUCAUCCAGAAUGCUUCGGACAUUGCCCGGGAAAACGACCGGCUCCGGAAUGAAACGAGUCCUGUCCACCAUAAAGAGAAAUUGGACAGGAACAAGCUAGAGGAAGGCACCAGAAGAGCUGAAGACAAGGGUGGACCCAGGCCCUUCCACUCCAGCUCCAUCCCAGUGCCCAUAGCAGGGGACAUCCUGGUACAGUCUCUCGCUGGACCGUCCAUCCGGUCUCCUUCGCUGCACUCGGUGUUCAGCAUGGAUGACAGCAGCGGCCUCCCGUCCCCAAGGAAACAGCCUCCACCCAAGCCGAAGAGGGACCCCAACACCCGGCUGAGCGCCUCCUAUGAGGCCGUGAGCGCCUGCCUGUCGGCAGCAGUCAAGGAAGCAGCGAGCGAAGCUCUGACCCGGCCCAGGCCACACAGCGACGACUACAGCACCAUGAAGAAGAUCCCUCCGCGAAAGCCCAAAAGAAGCCCCAACACCAAGCUCAGCGGCUCCUACGAGGAGAUCUCGGUGCCCCGGCCUGGGGAGGCGAGGCCCCCGGGCGCGCCCCGGGACCCGGGCUGCGGGCAGAGGGUCUGCUCAGCCGACGGGUCCCCUCAGGACGCGCUGCACCUGCCCACGGCCCCCGGGGACGACGACGACCCCGAGCCGGUGUACAUCGAGAUGGUGGGGAAUGCCGGGGGGCCCGGCGACAGCCCCGACCCCGGGGAGUCGGUGUACGAGGAGAUGAAGUACUUCCCGCCCGAGGACAGCGGCGGCCUGGGGGGGCGACACUUCACGUCCGCGUCGCCCCCCCUGUUCUUCGACCGUCGGAAACCCACGGCCUUGGAGGAGGGCGACCGAGCAGCGGGGCCCUGCAAAGACGCGUGCGACAUCCCGCCGCCGUUCCCCAACCUGCUCCCCCACCGGCCCCCGCUGCUGGUGUUCCCUCCCACCCCCGUGACCUGCUCCCCGGCCUCGGACGAGUCCCCCUUAACCCCCCUGGAAGUGAAGAAACUGCCCGUGCUGGAAACCAACCUCAGGUACCCCGUCCAGGCAGAAGGCUCGAGUCCACUGUCCCCGCAGUGUUCCGAAAACCCAAAGGGCGACAGCGACAGGCCCGCGUCCCCCGCCUUGACUCUGUUCGAUGGGUGCAGCAAGGUCUCCCCGCCUCCCACCCCCGCUCCGCCCCCCGGGGCUCCCCCUGCCGGCCCCCGGCCGUCCACGCACUUCGCCUUCCCGCCAGAGUCCGUCCCGGUCAGUGCAGGCCAAGCAGGGGCGAGUUCAGAUCUGUCCAAAAUGCACCAUAAGCCACACUCUGCCCCGGGGGCUGGUCCCUGCAGCUCCUUCUCCAAGAUCCCUUACUCCCCGGUGAAGGCAGCGAGAGCUGACCCCAGGAAGGCCCCCUGCAACGCCCCCUGCCCAGCCCCCUACAGCCUCGCCAGCUCCAGGCCUCUCAGCAGCCCUCUGGAUGAGCUGGCCAGCCUCUUCAGUUCUGGAAGGAGCGUGCUGCGGAAGUCUGCAGCGGGAAGAAAGAUAAGGGAAGCUGAAGGUUUUGAAACUAACAUGAACAUAACUAGCCGGGAUGGUCCUAACACAUCCGAAAUUGCUUCAGAGACUCAAGAUAGAAAUGCAAAUAACCACGGAAUUCAAUUAUCUAAUUCACUAUCCAGUGCUCUAACUGCUGAAAAUGGAAAUUCUGUCUCCAAUGGUUUACCUGAAGAAGAUGGAUACUCCAGGUUGUGUGUAAGCAGCACCACGACAUCAUCAUUUCAGAGACAUCGGGAGAGUCACACCACUCAGGUAAUCCAUCAGCUGAGGCUCUCAGAGAAUGAGAGCGUGGCCCUGCAGGAGCUCCUGGACUGGAGGCGGAAGCUCUCUGAGCAGGGUGGAGACUGGCGGCAGGUCCUGCAGCACGCUGAGCCCAGAGCACCUCCCCCGCCGCCCUGCAAGAAGCCCACUCUCCUGAAAAAGCCCGAAGGGGCCUCCUGCAACAGGCUGCCUUCUGAGCUCUGGGACAGCACCAUGUGA